UUUUCCACGGCUUGCUGCGAAGAAAAUCCAUCAUUUCCACUCGGGAGCUCGUUAAGUGCGGUCGUGUCUUCGUAGACUACUUGGAUGCAGUGCGUUGAGUAGCUCGGGUUAGUUUGAAGUGUGAGUUUAGUGGGUUUUUGUUCGCGAGAUGAGUUUGACGACUACUUCGACGGCCAAGUCGAUCGCUACGACGCCGUUCUCGAUCAAUGACAUUCUAACUUCGUCGUCGCGGAAUCGGUGUACCGACGCUGACCGUCGCAGUUCGGUAGAGUCGUCCGGAAACGACGAAGAAGAACUUAGUGGGGGUGAGUUGGCCCGGAUGAAGUACUACAAGGGAAGUCCGACAGGUCGGGAACACGCGGAGUUCUACGGGAAGCUCAGCAUGGCCGCGUACUACCAUCAUCAUCAUCACCAUCAUGGGAACAAUAAUAAUAAUGGACCAGCCGGGUUCAACCUGGCCAGUCUGCAUCCGUCGCUGCGGCGGAGUUCGCUGGACUGCUUUAUGGUCCCGGCGGAUCGGUGCCACGGGGCGGAUCCGGAAGAGUUUGAUCGAAGAAGUGGCAGUGGAAGUGAGUGCUACGGAGUUAGAAGGAAGGUUUCGGUGGCGGCGGCAGCAGGUGGUACAAGUUCCGGUGGACGUAACAGUGACAGUCCGUUGGAUAUGCGACGCUCGGCGGACAACGACUCAGAUUGUGACUCCCCGUCCCCGUACGGAACUCCGUAUCCCCACAAUGGCUCCCUACCCUCAACGGAAGACCUCCCGUCCGGAACAACCCGCAAGAAGCGAUCCCGAGCGGCGUUCAGCCACGCCCAGGUAUUCGAGCUGGAGCGUAGAUUCGCCCAGCAAAGAUACCUUUCCGGGCCGGAACGAGCCGAGCUGGCCAAAAGUCUACGGCUGACCGAAACUCAGGUUAAAAUUUGGUUCCAAAAUCGGCGCUAUAAAACCAAGAGGAAGCAGAUUCAACAGCAUGAGGCGGCACUGUUGAGUGCGACGAAAAGGGUUCCGGUGCAGGUGCUAGUGCGGGAGGACGGAAGCUAUGGGCCGGCGACGGUGCUGACCGGACAGCCCCAUUAUGCGUCCGGCCUGGAUCCGGCGCUGCUGAACGUGUAUCGGCAUCAGAUCCAAAUGGCCUACGGCAUGCCCGUCCCGCCGAUGCCCUUCUCGUACUUUUAUCCGUCCAAGCUGCCCGGCUCGAUCCCUCCGUCGAUGAGUGCCGCAGCGGCAGCCGCCGCCGCCGCCGCCUCAUCCAAGCAGCCGCUGAACUUCUCAACGCGCUCACCCGUUUCGGAAAAUGCCACCCCCGACGGCCAUCAUCACGAUCGACGGCAAACGGCGGCGGCAGCGUCGCCUACUGCACACAAAAGUGACGACGAAUUUGAGAGAGAGGGAAGGAAGGGUGCAGAGAGCGCAGAUCGUGGCAGUCCCGUUGGGAGUGUUGGUGGGGAUUGUGAGAUGGUGUCUGUGGGAGGUGACGGGGAGGAGGAGAGUGAAAAUGUGGAGAUUGAUUGAAGGAAGUACUAAGUGUGGAUUUAUCUAGCAAUACCAAAGAAGUGUUAAUUUUAAG